AUGCCACUCGCCCGUCGACACGUGGCGGCGGAGGAGAGCUUGGCAUCGCCGAGCGUUCUCCGCGCAGCCAGCAGUGAUGACCCGCGGGGGAUGCUGGAGGGCGUGUCCAUGGCGUGCCUCGUGGGCCUCGUGAAGCAACUGGCUGUCCUUUCAGACCACGCCUCGCGUGUGUUCGAGGGUUUGGCGGCGGACCUAGCGGAGGUGGCGUCGCGGCGGGAGCAGGUGGCAGCGCGGGCCCGGGGAAUAGAGUCUGUGGUGGGACGGAUAGAGGAGCGCAUUCUUAAGGACGGCCACCCACUCGCACUUGCGUACACGCCAGGCGUGCGAUGGCGCGCGCACGUGCCGACGGCGCAACAGGUGCUCCUGUCCGCCGACCGCCCGCUCGUCAUCGUCACCGCGUACCAGAACGCCGCUCCCGCGCCCCCCCUGAAACGCCUUCACAGGCUGUUGCCUUCACCCGCGGGAGAUCUGGCGGAAGGGGAAGAUGGUGGCUGUGAGACCAGGGAGGUGCGGGAAGCAGGGAGUAGUGACUGGCGCGCAUGCGAUGACGCGGAGAGAGGAGGGGAAGAAGCUGCAGGCGAGGGGAGCGAUGGAGCUGGCGGCAUUGAAGGCGGGGACUCCCGAGCCGCGCGGGCGGCGGAAAUCCUGCUGCAGCUGGGGCCCCAGUCCCCCCCGGAUGCCUCGUCGUGGAUGGCCGCGCGACUGCUCCGCGCCUCACUUCUUGCGCCAUCGGGGGAGAGUAGAGCGGAGAGAGGAGAUCGCGAGCAGUGGAGUGGUGAUGACGUGGGCGACGGGUUGCGUCGGGGAGACGUGGGAGAGGGGAGGGAUGGGGAGACAAUGAGGGCAAGCUCUGAAGCAAAGGCAGGGGAGGCUGGGGGUUAUGGUGAGCCAGGGAGAUGGAGCGAAGAAGCAGGGAGAGAGGAAUCAAGACUUGCGUUUGAUACCGAUCAUUGGGACGAGGAGGAACGGCACUUUGAGGAAGGCGCUAGGGAUGGAGAGCGCGAGGGGGAAGUGAGGAAGGAAGAGGAGGGUUCAGGAACGAGUGGGAGGGGAGAGAAGGGAAGGGCGGAUGAAGGGGCAGCGCUGGGGUGGUUGGAUGCGGGAGACGGGUUGGAAUUCGAUGUGACGCAAUUCGUGCGAGUGUUGGAGGAGGAAGGCGCGGAGGACACAGAGGAGCACGCUGGAUAUGCCCCUGAGUCGCCUCGAACCAUACCAAGGGAGCAUGACCGCGAUAGGAGAGAGGAAUGGCAGCAAGGGGAGAGAGAGGAGGUUGAGCACGGGAAGGUGGAGGUGCAGGAGGAUACUGGAGAAGGGGAGGUGGCAGGUAGCGGGAGGGAGGAGGUGGAGGAAGAGGAGGCAAAGGGUGAGGAGCAUGAGGCGCGCUUGCUUUCGAGUGGAGACUGGCACUCCAGUGGUGGGAGUGAGGCGUCGGAAGAGGUUGAGAAACGCGCGUUGGACGCGCUUGUUGAAAGGGAGGAAGAAGCUGCAGUGGAUUCUGACGAGGACGAUGCUGAGGGGAUGGAGGAUGGGCAGGGAUCGUCAGCUGGAAAUGGGGAGGCAGUGGGGAAGAUAGGGCUUGGAGGAACGGAGCAGCAGCAGCUUGACAAGGCGAGGGAUUUGAACGUGCCAGGCGCUUCUCAGCAGCAUGACCACUUGCAGCAGGAGGAGCAGCGAGAGGAAGAGCAGGAGCAGGAGGAAGUGCAUGGGGAGGACGCGGGUCGAUCAGCUCAGCUCCACUCGCCAUCAUCCAAAGACGCACUCGCUCUCCACACCCCACACUCCAUCUCCGCCUCACCCACCCCGUCCUCGCCCACCCCACAGGCGCCAGUUACCAGCGCAACAGCAGCAGCGUCCCCCUGCUCCUCCGCCUCCUCGUGCUCGUCUGUGUCUGGUCGCUCCAUGUCUCAUUCUGUGUCCAAGUCACUCAAGGACCUGUCCGUGCUGCAGCAGAAGCUGAGGGCGCAGAGGGGCGACGUGCAGCGACUGGCAGCUGACAGCAUGCAGCUGCAGCAGUGGCUGGGCCUGCAACCGCACCAAGUGCUGCUCUCGCCUUCUGCCUCUCCAAGCACCUCUGCUGCUGCUGCUGCUGCGUUUGCUGUGUCUGAUUCUGCUGUUUCUGCUGCUUCUGAAUCUCUCUCCAGCGGACACCAGCAUGGCAAGCAGCCAUCCGGAACUGCUGAGAGCUUCAGCACCGGUGCCGGGAUUAGUGCUGGCAGCACUACCAGCAGCAGCUGCAGUGUUGGUGGCAGCGGUGGCGGCGGUGACGGUGGUGGCGGCGAUGGGGCGAGCAGUUCAGCUAGUGGUGGUUCGACUAGUGGUGGUGGGUGCGGGGCGAGCAGCAGCAGCCUCACAAGCAGGCCACGGCGAUUCAGCCUGGGCUCUGCGGCAAUUGGGGCAGGAGGAGGAACGGCAGGGGCGGCUUCUGCAGCAGCCUUGGCAGCUGCAGUGGUGGCAGCAGGAGGGAACCCAGUGGGUGUGGCAGUGCGCAGGGAGAGAGACGUGGCUGGAUCGCUCUGUGUGACGGCUGGUAACAGUGGUGAACCUUUGCCUCCCGCUUCUGCUGGCUCUACUGCUCAUGUUGAUGGCGGUGCGGCUGUAUCAGAGACACUGAAUUUGGAUGGUGAGAAAGAGGGCAGGUCACAUGCAGGGUACAACGGGGAGCAUGGCUUGUCCGCGAAGCAGAGUGACGUCACGCAGCUGAGCCAGGAGGGAGUUGGACCAGCGCUCCUGAAGCAGCAGCAGCAGCAGCAGCAGGAGCAGCAGCAGCAGGGGAAGGAGUUAGAGAAACAUGGUGGGCGGAGUGGAGGGAUUGAGGUGAUAAGGCGGAGUGCGUCCCUGCCUGCCGUCUUCCAAGAGCCAGACAAGGCCGAGCAACCACGUGUACAGGAGAACGAGCAGGGGCAUGAGCAGAAGGGCGAGGGCGAGGGCGAGGGUGAGAAUAACGCCAGUCAGGGCAGCGAGGCGCAGGUGUCACCUCCCCAUCGUGCUCUUUCCCAUGCUCACUCCUUCGCUGCUGCCUCUGCUGCGUCCCCCUUCUUCCUGCCCCACCCACUCGUCCCCUCUUCUCCCCCUCAACUGCCCUCUGCUGCCUCAGCUGCAGUGGCAGAGACACUUGAGAAGGAGGCGGUUGAAUCUGCUGAUGCUGCUGCGUCUUGUCUUGCUGGUGCAAGAGACAGGGAUGUGCCGCCUGUUAGCUCCUCUACCCUGGAUUACCCAGCUCCACCUGCGUCCCAACCAUUUGGCUCUCAUAGCCCUGCUCCCCUUAUUGUUCCUUCCCCCUCCAUCUCCUCCUCCUCCACCUCCUCCUCCUCGGCCUCUGCCCCUGUUCCCCCCUCUGACACCUCUGCCCGCUCCCGCCUAUCCGCUUCCCCACAAACCGCUGCCUCUGCACAUUCCUCCCCAUCUGCCUCUUCCUCCUCCACAGCCCACUCCUCUCCCUCCCCCUCCACCUCUCGCCUCUCUGCCUCUGUUGCCUCCUCUACUCGCUCACCCUCCUCCUCUUCCUCCUCCGCCUCUCCCUCCCCCUCCUGCUCCUCGUCUUCCUCCUCCUCCCUGCUCCCCACUUCCACCUCUCGCUCUCAGGUCUCCAUACACACUCCCUCUCAACCCCGCAGUCGCACUCACUCCCUCGCCUCCCCUUCCUCCCCCUCUAUCCUUCCUGUCUCGUCCCUCUCAACUGUCUCCCACGGCAAAGCCCACUCCUCCCACCAGCACACUACUCCGCACUCGCCCACCACAAGCACCACCCGCCAGCACGCAGUGCCACACUCCCCCAAUGCGACCAGCGCUCACACUCCCAGCUCUGUUCUCCUACCUGUGGAUACCAAUGCCACGGGUACUGUGGCUGCUGCCACUGCCGCUCCCUUGCUCUGUGCCUCCACCCCGAGCGCACCUCCUCGCACCUCUGUGCCCUCCAAUUUUCCCGCAGACCCCGCCUCUGGAGUCUCAGCUGCUCUCACUUCUCCCUCCACCCGCCAGCCCACGCCUAUGCUCUCCCCGCCCUUCUCUGCUGUGCCAGCUGCUCCUGGUAGCUCGUCAGCAGCGCCACUCACCUCCACCCGCGGCAAUAGUAGUACACACACAGGGAAGCCAGUUCCAUCUUCGCUCACCCUCCUCCCUCAUGCCCGAUCUCCCUCCUCCCCGCCACACCACCCUGCUAGCUCGCCUCCCGCUGCUGCGGCCACCAGCAGCACCUUACCUACCUCGCCCAUCACCACUCCCAUCUCUUCGCUCCAGAUCACCUCCCCUCCCCCCUUGCCCUCCACACCUCCCUUUACCUCCGCCCUCCGCUCCCCUCACGCCAUUGCUAAGGCCCGUGCUCGUGCCCUAGCACUCGCCAACUCCCUCUCACUAGACCCUCCUGUACCGCCUGCUUCUACUGCUGCCACUGCUGCUGCUGGCCCCAGCAGCAGCAGCAGCAAGCACACACACACUAUCGCGCACACCCAUGGCAGCAGCACCAAAGCCCCCUCCACUAGCCCGUCAGAAGCUCGCUCAGGUAGCCCUGUCUCCCACCGCACCUACCCUCGCCACCGCAAGUCUCCCCCUGCCUCUCCCCACGCCCUUCGCUCCCCCGCGCACCCUGUUUUGCCCCAGCAUGACGUAGGCGGAGGAGGGAGGAGAAGCAGGGAUGGGGGGAAGAGGGGUGGUCCAUUUAGGCAGAGGUCAGGGGAAUGGAUGGGGUGGGAGGAGAGAGAGGGAGAGGAGGAGGGUUCUUGGUCUAACGCUACUGAGAUGGCACGAGCACAAAGUGAGCAGUGGGAGAGAGAGAGGGUGAGGGGAACUGGAGCAGGGGCAGCAGGGAAGAGAAGGGAUUCGGGAGUGGGUGUGGGGGCUGGCAGGCGGGUGAGUGGUUCAGGCGAGAGGGAGAGAGAUGGGGAUGGUAGAGGUGAGGGGCAUAGGCAGCAGCUGAAGCAGCAGCAAAGUGGUGAGUUGGAGGUGGUGGGCAUAGGGAAGGGGCACAUGGAGGGCACACGAGGAGGUGGCAGAGAGCACACAGGAAAGAGGAGAGACGUGAAGUUGCAGCUGGUGCAGCAGGUGCAGCAGGUGCAGCAGGUGCAGCAGGGCAACGGGUAUGAGAACAAGAGAGAGCCUCUGGUUGUUAGUGUCAAACCCGCUCGCAUGGCUGGUCGUAUUCCUUCCCCAUCUUCCCUUGCGCACACCUCACCUAAACCCCAUACCCCAACAGCCUCGCACCCAUCCCCUCAGCCAUACCCCUCUUCACAGUCUUACCCAUCCUCCUCACAGCCCCAGACCCUCAUGCCCCCUCGCUCUCUCCUCUCGCCCCCUAACCAACUCCCUACCAGAGACCCCAGCCCCAGCCCUCGAUCUCUGUACCCUCCAGCCCCCCCUUCCCCCUCCUCUGCCUCUACUGUCUCCCUCUCCUCCUCCUUCAUCCGCCGCUUGCCCAGCCCCAGGGCCCUGCCAGGAGCACCUGCCCUUGCUUCUCCCUUUGCUCCAGCUGCCGCCGCUGCUGCUGCUGGAAGUGCAAUGCCCGCAGCAACAUCAAGCCAGUUCUCCCCCGCCCUUGUCUCUCCCCGUGCUGGCUCCUCCCUGCUGCCUUUGGCAUCUCCAACCUACUCCCACACACCUCCUGCCUCCCUCAACCAUUCCUCUUCUGCUGCACCACCAGCCUCUUCCCACUCGUCUCACUUCUCUGCCAGCCAGCCCAGGCUGCUCUUUUCCACCAGCAAGGGCCCUGAUUCUGUCACACCUGCUGCCACAGUGGCAGGGGCGGGUAUGAGAAGUGGAGUCAGCUCAGUGGGUGCAUCUGGUGCAGGUGGCAAGUGGGCAGGCAGUGGUGGCAGUUAUCGCAGCAGUGACGGGCACACCCCAGGGAGUGUUCAGUCGCAUGCUUUAGGGAUGAGGGGUGGUGUGGGCAGUAGCAGCAACGACAGGGUCACUGGCAGUGGCGGCGGUUUCAGCCAGGUCCUCACCUUAGAGCUGUCGCAGGGGCAUGGCGCCGUGGUGCUGGUGGCAGUGGCUACAGGAAUCCUUAAUUUUUGGAUGAGUGCAGGCGUGAUGUCAGCGAGGAAGAAGUACAACGUUCAAUACCCGAUUCUGUACGCAUCUGAGUCUCACAAAAACGCCAAGGAGUUCAACUGCGUGCAGAGGGCGCAUCAGAACACCCUUGAGGUUCUUCCGUCUUUCCUUGUGUUCCUCCUCAUUAGCGGCGUUGCGUAUCCGUGGACAUCCACUGUACUUGGGGUUAUCUUCCUGCUUGGGCGCAUUGGCUACUUCCUUGGUUACUCCACUGGCAGGCCCGAGGCUCGUUACAAUGGAGGAUUUUGGAUGAUUGGAUUUUUGGGCCUCAUGAGCAGUUACCCCUGCCCCCUUAUUUUCUCAAUUCCUCCCCCUGUUCUCCGCGCCUCCCCUCGCCCCGCACCUCAUCCACAUUCCCCGGACUCCUCCCGACUCGCACUCCGCGCGCGCCGAAACGGGGGAGCGGCAGCCGCGUCUGGUCCGGUGAAGGUCGAGGGGAACCUGUGGGACGACCUGCAGCGCGCAGCGACGGGCAAGGAUGCGGGGAAGGCGGAAGACCUGGACAAGGGGAAGAAGAAGUAUGGCCGCGAGACCGUGCAGUACAAGCCGAGCCGCACGGUGGCUGGGCGGAAGAGCUCGGGGAGCGCAGCUUCCGGCGGCGGAACUACCUUCCUUAGCAGGUCCCCCAGCUCCUCCGCACGCAAGGGCACGCAGUACGCAGUGCGGGCUGCGGGGAAGUCAAGCGGAGGCACGCAGCUGAUCGUGCUGGGGGGAAAGGGCAAGGACAAGGGGAAGGGGGCGCGCAACGGGAACGGGGAGGGCGGAACUCAGAAGCUGCUGGCGGAUGUGACGUCUGGCCUGGGGCUAUCGCUGGGCGGCAAUGGCGGCGCGCAGAGGGACGGCAAACUGGUGUUCGUGGUGGGCGCCGGCAGCAGCGUGGGCGCCGCCACUGUGAGGGAGCUCGUCCGCUUGGGGUACCGCGUGCGCGUGCCGGCCAACGAGGCGGACGCCGCCCAACCGCUGCUCGCUGACCUGCCCGAGCCGCCCAAGGGUCUCUUUGACAUGUUUCUCCCCGGCGGCGCCAGUCUCCCCGUGGUGGAGUACGCGGAGGGGCUGGGCGCGUGGCCGCUGGGCGCGGGGGUGAUCGGCGCGGAGGACGCCAUGCGCGGCGUGGGGAGCGUCGUGUGCGUCGCGGACAGCCUUGACUCUAGCGUCAUCAGAGCGGCGGAGGAGCUGCAGGUGCGGCGCUUCGUCCUCGUGCUACCGCCCAUCAACAACCCCCUCGCCAAGCUGUUUGAAGCGGCGUCGUGGCAGGCCAAGGCAGAGCAAGCACUCGCUGACUCCGCCCUCGACUUCACUGUCAUCCGCACGCCUGCCAUCGUCGAGUCCCUCCCAACAGCCUCCGCCCCUUCCCCCUCCGCGCCUGCUGACUCCGCCUCCUCCCCCACUUCCUCCUCCUCUACCUCCGCCGACUCCCCCCCCGCGCCCUCCCCCUGCGUGGCGCUGCGCCUAGGGCCCAACGCGCGAGGGUCCAUCUCAGAAGGCUGGCCCUCAGGUGCCAUCUCGCAGAAACAGGUGGCGAGGGUGGUGGCGGGGGUGCUGAAGGAGGGAUCCCCGCGCCUCAAGCGCCAGGUGGUGGACGCCGUGGUGCUGCCGUCCGCGUCCCCCCAGCCCUCCGUCUCCGCGCUCAUCGAUGCAGCGCUCUCCCAGGCCGCUGCUGCUGCUAAGGCUGCUGCCAAGCCUGCGACUGCUGAGGCGUCUGCUGCCCCUGCCAGCCCCAAGUUCAAGCUGCCAGCCAUGGCCAUGCCCACUGCCCUCACAGGCAACAGCGCACCCAAGAGCGACAGCAAGGAAGCGAAGGGUAGCAGCAACGACGCAGGCAAGGAGAAGGAGAAGGAGAAGGCAAGCGAGAAGGAGAAGCUUGGUGUCAAGGAGGCGGAGAAUCUCCUCUCACGCUUCACCAAGCCCAGGGGCGCCCCUGCAGUGGAGGAGCCCGCUCAGCCCGCCUCUGACCCGGUAGCGCGCGCCCAGGAGGCUGUAGCCAAGGCCCAGCAGCAGCUCGCACAGUCCCUUUCCCUGCCCUCCCUCUCCUCCUCCUCCUCCUCCUCCUCUGCGUCUGGCACCAAGAGUGGCACGCAGCGCGGGGGGACUGUGCGCAUGGGUGUGCAGAAGAAUGGUGGGGUGAAGGCGGGCGUGCGGAGGGGCGGCACCAAGGUGAUUGACAAGCGUGCACAGCAGAGGAGGAGCGUGGCAGGGAACGCGGCGCAGAGGCAGAGGCAGCAGCGUGGGCGCAAGGCAGAGGAGAGCGAGGAGGGGGGGAUUGAUCUGCUGGGGUCGUGGGUGCAGGGCAUCCAGUCGUUUGAUGGACAGCUACCCUCUGGACCAGUCAAGAGGCAGGCUCCUGCUCUCGCAUGGCUGCAGUCACUGCUGCCACAGGAGGAGGAGGAGCCACAGCCAGAGGAGCAGGGACCCCUGGCAGCAGCCCGGCGCCUCUUCUCCCCCGCACCCCCUCCCCCACCCGCUCCUAAGCCCCCAACUGGCGCCGCUGCCAUCGCCUCCUCGGCUGCUACUGCUGCCGCUGCUGCUGCCGUGGUGACGGCAUCUGCUGCCGUGUCUGCAGUCGCUGGCCUUGCGCAGGUGGUCACUCCAUCGCCCUCCUCCUCUUCCCCCUCAACUUCUGAUGCUGAUUCUGCUGGAAAGGACGCUUCCCCUGCUGCUGCAGCUGGGUCUGCAGAGGCUGAGAGCGGCAGCGAGGGGGGCAUGCAGGGAAUGAGGGCGCUCGCCGGCGUUGCAGCAGACGCACUGAAGGAUGCGGUGGCGAGUGCGGCUGACAUGAUCUUUCCCUGUUCUGCCCUUUUCCCACCCUCCAGCAACACUACACCUGGCCGCGGCAGCAACGCUUCCCCCGAGGAUCCCGACAAGCCGCACGCGACUUCGGGAUCGUCGGGGAAAUCUGCUGAGGAGGCUCUAGCGUCGUUGACGGUGGCGGGGUCGCAGGAUAGCGGCAAGGGCGCAGCGUCUAGUUCAGGGGGGGAUAAGGGCAAAGCCGUCGCCGCAGCAGCCGCCGCCGCUAAGCCCGCGGUGCCAGCGCCUCUCAGCGGGCCUCUCGCGCUCAUGUCGCAGCUCAUGGGUCAGCAGCCGCGCCGCCAUCUCUUCUGGGAGACGCAGCCCGUCGUCGGCGGCACGGACGGCACGCCGGCUCAGGCAGUAGCUGCGGACGGCGGCGGCAGCGAAGCCGCCGGGAGCGAAGCCGGCAGCAGCAGCAGCAGCAGCGGCGGUGAUGGCGGUGUUGUCGCCGGCGUGGAUGUUUCGGAGGAGGGCCCGAUCGAGCCGCCGACUCCGCUGGAGCAGGUCCGCGCGGAGCCGUACGCGCUGCCGGCGGCGUACGAGUGGUGCACGUGCGACGUGGAUAGCGACGCGGAGAUGCGCGAGGUGUACGUGCUGCUGACGAAUAACUACGUAGAGGACGACGAUAACAUGUUCCGAUUCGACUACUCGCAGGAGUUCCUUCGCUGGGCGCUUAAACCUCCGGGAUUUUACAAGUCGUGGCAUGUGGGUGUGCGCGCGCGCCAGUCGCGCAAGCUCGUCGCGUUCAUCACGGGGGUUCCCGCCACGGUGCGCCUCCGCGAGAAGCUGGUCCGCCUGGCGGAGAUUAACUUCCUCUGCGUGCACAAGAAGCUGCGCUCGAAGCGCCUCGCGCCUGUGCUGAUUAAAGAGGUAACGCGGCGCGUGCACCUGCAGGGGAUCUGGCAGGCCGUGUACACCGCAGGGGUGGUGCUGCCGACGCCUGUGACCACCGCGCAGUACUGGCACCGAUCGCUAAACCCGAAGAAGUUAAUCGACGUGGGGUUUUCGCGCCUCGCGCCGCGAAUGACCAUGUCGCGAACCAUCAAGCUGUACCGGCUGCCGGACCAAACCGCGACGCCCGGGCUGCGCGCCAUGGAGCGGCGCGACGUGCCGGCCGUGUGCCGGCUGCUGAAAUCGUACCUCGCGCAGUUCGUGAUCUCGCCGGAGCUGAGCGAAGCCGAGAUAGAGCACCUGCUGCUGCCGAUUAAAGACGUAAUCGACUCGUUCGUAGUGGAGGAUCCUAAGACGCACGAGCUGACGGAUCUAGUCUCCUUCUACACGCUCCCGUCGACGAUAAUCGGGAACGACAACUACAGCAACCUGAAGGCGGCGUACUCGUUCUACAACGUGGCGACGGCGACGCCGCUGCUGCAGCUGAUGAACGACGCGCUGAUCCUGGCGCGGCGGCGCGACUACGACGUGUUCAACGCGCUGGACAUCAUGCAGAACGCGCAGUUCCUCAAGACGCUCAAGUUCGGCCCCGGAGACGGGCACCUGCACUACUACCUCUACAACUACCGCAUGCACGGCCCGUUUCAACCUGCGCACCUCGGCCUCGUGCUGCUCUGA